UGGCGGCCGUCUGCACUCUACUUCCAUGAGGCUGCUGCUGGCGCGGGUCCGCGCGGCACGACGCGGGGGGCGUGCCUCGCGCUGACUCAGCGGCGGCGUUAGCGGGACCCUGCGCAGUUUUCCUUCCAGGGCCGCCGACUCCGCCCGCCGGCUUGCCAACCUGCCCUCCCUGCUCCGCGCCACGCAAGAGAAGGCGCCCGGGGAACGCCGAGCGCCGAGGGAGCGCGGCCCGGGCCGGCUGCGGCUGUGUUGGAGGACUACAGCGACAAGGACGUGGGCCGCUCUCCGUGCUCCCUGCGUACGGCGCCGCUCCUUGCGGCUGGCCGACCCUCGGGAGUGCAGGCGAGGAAGAGAUAUUGGAGUGAUGAUGAUUGUGGAUUCCGCUGUGGGAUUAGAAGCCACGUCUGUUGUGAUCGGAAAACUCCAGGAAUAGCGGCCGAGAUGGAUGAACAGGCUCUUUUAGGGUUAAAUCCAAAUGCCGAUUCAGACUUUAGACAGAGGGCCCUGGCUUAUUUUGAGCAGUUAAAGAUUUCCCCAGAUGCCUGGCAGGUGUGUGCAGAGGCUCUGGCACAGAAGACAUACAGUGACGACCACGUAAAGUUCUUCUGCUUCCAAGUACUAGAGCAUCAGGUUAAAUACAAGUACUCAGAACUAAGCACUGCUCAGCAGCAGCUCAUCAGGGAGACACUGCUCUCAUGGCUUCAGGCUCAGAUGCAGAAUCCGCAGCCAGAGAAGACCUUCAUACGCAACAAAGCAGCCCAAGUGUUCGCCUUGCUUUUUGUUACAGAGUAUCUCACUAAGUGGCCCAAGUUUUUUUUUGACAUUCUCUCAGUUGUGGACCUAAAUCCAAGGGGUGUGGAUCUGUACCUGCGAAUCCUCAUGGCCAUCGAUUCAGAACUGGUGGAUCGGGAUGUGGUUCACACGUCAGAGGAGGCUCGCAGGAACACGCUGAUAAAAGACACCAUGCGGGAGCAGUGCAUUCCAAAUCUGGUGGAAUCGUGGUACCAGAUUUUACACAACUACCAGUAUACGAAUUCAGAAGUGCUGUGCCAGUGCCUUGAAGUAGUUGGGGCCUACGUCUCCUGGAUAGACUUAUCCCUGAUAGCCAAUGAUAGGUUUAUAAAUAUGCUGCUAGGUCACAUGUCAGUAGAGGUUCUACGGGAAGAAGCAUGCGACUGUUUGUUCGAAAUUGUAAAUAAAGGGAUGGACCCCGUGGAUAAGAUGAAACUUGUAGAAUCCCUGUGUCAAGUAUUACAGACUGCUGGGUUUUUCAGCAUUGACCAGGAAGAAGAUUUGGACUUCGUGGCCAGAUUUUCUAAGCUGGUAAAUGGAAUGGGACAGUCGUUAAUAGUUAGCUGGACUAAAUUAAUUAAGAAUGGGGCUGUCAAGAAUGCGCAGGAGGCACUGGAAGCUAUUGAGACAAAAGUGCCACUUAUGUUACAGCUGCUAGUUCACGAGGACGAUGACAUUUCCUCCAACAUCAUUGGGUUUUGUUACGAUUAUCUCCAUAUCCUAAAACAGCUUCCAGUGCUCUCGGAUCAGCAAAAAGCUAAUGUAGAGGCAAUCAUGUUGGCCGUUAUGAAAAAAUUGACUUAUGAUGAAGAAUAUAACUUUGAAAAUGAGGGUGAAGAUGAAGCCAUGUUUGUAGAAUACAGAAAACAGCUGAAGUUACUGUUGGACAGACUUGCUCAGGUGUCCCCAGAGCUCGUGCUGGCUUCUGUUCGCAGGGUCUUCAGUGCCACACUGCAGAACUGGCAGACCACUCGCUUCAUGGAGGUUGAAGUAGCUGUGCGGUUGCUGUACAUGCUGGCGGAAGCUCUCCCGGUGUCCCACGGCGCUCACUUCUCAGGUGACGUGUCAAAAGCGAGUGCUUUGCAGGACAUGAUGCGGACGUUGGUGACAUCAGGAGUCAGCUCCUACCAGCACACGUCUGUGACCCUGGAGUUCUUUGAAACUGUUGUUCGCUAUGAGAAGUUUUUCACAGUUGAACCUCAGCACAUUCCGUGUGUCCUCAUGGCGUUCUUAGAUCACAGAGGUCUGUGGCAUUCCAGUGCUAAAGUCCGGAGCAGAACUGCCUACCUGUUCUCUAGAUUUGUCAAAUCUCUCAAUAAACAAAUGAAUCCCUACAUUGAGGAGAUUUUGAAUAGAAUACAGGAUUUAUUAGCCCUUUCUCCACCGGAGAACGGUUACCAGUCCUUGCUGAGUAGCGACGAUCAGCUCUUCAUUUACGAAACAGCCGGGGCGCUGAUUGUUAACAGUGAAUACCCCGCGGAAAAUAAGCAGGCCUUAAUGAAGGACCUCCUGACACCAUUGAUGGAGAGGUUCAAGGUUCUGUUGGAAAAGCUGAUGAUGGCGCAGGAUGAAGAGAGACAAGCAUCUCUCGCAGACAGUCUCAACCAUGCAGUGGGAUUCGCCAGUCGAACCAGCAAGGCCUUCAGCAACAAGCAGACUGUGAAACAGUGCGGCUGCUCCCAGGUCUACCUGGACUGCUUACAGACCUUCCUGCCAGCCCUCAGCUGCCCCUUGCAAAAGGACGUCCUCCGAAGCGGCGUGCGGACCUUCCUCCAUCGGAUGAUCAUCUGCCUCGAGGAAGAGGUGCUCCCGUUCAUCCCGUCUGCCUCAGAGCACAUGCUCAAAGACUGUGAAGCGAAAGACCUCCAGGAGUUCAUUCCACUCAUCAACCAGAUCACGGCCAAGUUCAAGAUGCAGGUGUCCCCGUUUUUACAGCAGAUGUUCAUGCCCCUGCUUCACGCUAUCUUUGAAGUGCUGCUGCGACCAGCGGAAGACAACGACCAGUCGGCGGCGUUGGAGAAGCAGAUGCUGAGGAGGAGUUACUUCGCCUUCCUGCAGACGGUCACCGGCAGCGGGAUGAGUGAGGUGAUCGCGAAUCAAGGUGCAGAAAAUGUAGAACGGGUGCUGGUUACUGUUAUCCAAGGAGCCGUUGACUAUCCAGAUCCGAUUGCACAGAAAACGUGUUUUAUUAUCCUCUCAAAGCUGGUGGAGCUCUGGGGAGGCAAGGACGGACCUGUGGGCUUUGCCGACUUUGUUUAUAAGCACAUCGUCCCAGCAUGUUUCCUGGCACCUUUGAAGCAGACCUUUGACCUGGCAGACGCACAGACAGUAUUGGCGCUUUCUGAGUGUGCCGUGACUCUGAAAACAAUCCAUCUCAAACGGGGCCCUGAGUGUGUUCAGUAUCUUCAACAAGAAUAUCUGCCCUCCCUACAAGUUGCUCCAGAAAUAAUUCAGGAGUUCUGUCAAGCACUUCAGCAGCCUGAUGCUAAAGUUUUUAAAAAUUACCUAAAGGUGUUCUUCCAGAGAGCAAAACCCUAAGGACUGGACCUCCUGGCCCCUGUCAUGAUCAGGAACUCCUCCAGUUCAUAAUUCAUAAAGAAGCAGUUUGUGUGUGUGUGUGGGUGUGCGUGCAUGCACACCAUCUACACUGGUCCUUUAGCAUUGUUUCCAGCAUAUUGCGGUGUAUGUGGGAUUUUCUGUAAAAUGGGUGUAAUUUUUCCCUAAAAAAGGUAUGUGACAACAAGAGACGUUGCCUGCAUGCCGGUUUAAAUUGUUUAUGUAAAAAUGCUGUUAUAAGACAUAGAUUUAUCCUAGUUCCUUAAUUUUUUUCCUUUUAUGAAACUUUAAAGUUCUUUAUAAAAUGCAGCAGUGGAAAACUGACUAACAAAUCGAAUGUAAAGUUGGGAAUGUUCGGUUCUGUGUGUGCAGACACAUAAGCUGUGGGGUAACAAUCAAAACGAAAUCUUUCAUAGAUAGCCAUUACAUUUCUUUAAACUAUUUCAAUGCCAAUGUGUACUCUAUAAGAGAAUAGCUUCCUAAUUAAGUCAGUUUAGAAGAAGGUGCUGGUGUCACACAUUUUUUUAUAAAAAAUAAAUUUUACAUAGUGAAAUACACCAAGUCUUUUCCGGAAUUAUUACAAAGAACCUCCUUUCCCCACCUUAGUCACACUGAUUCCCACCUAGCAAUCAGCAAAUGGGAGUGUGGGUUCCUCAUUUCACAGACUGUGCCCCGGAGGUCACUCACACAUAGGUCUGUUGAGUCCUUUUUAAAUGCAGCAAGAACCGACUCUGUCCAGCUGUGAUGGGUUAUAAAGCCCAGCGUCUUUCUAUGAUAUUAGAUGUCCUCAGAGCACAGCCCGCCCGCUUGGAUGUGUUUGUUUGGUUUUGCCUUGAGACUGGGUCUCACUAUACAGAACAGCCUGCCUCCCUGCUGCUGGGAUUAAGCUGAGAAGCACCAAGUCUGACCACCCGUGUGUUGAUGACUUGCAGUCAAUUACUAUGUGUGCUGCUUCGUGCGGCAGACAGGAGAAAGCCAGAAGAGCAGUUGUGUCGGCGGGCGCCUUGGGAAAGACAGAUUGGAAGUCCAGCAACUCAGCUGCAGGCGCUUACACUGAAAUCUAAGUCUGUAUUGUAAAUGCCAGCNACGGCCGACUUCUAUCCCAAGCACUUCGCAAAAGCAGAGGAACGGAAAGGGGAAGGGCCAGGUUAUGCUCAGCCACAUAGUGAGUCUAAGGUCAGCCUGGACUGCACGAGAGUCUGUCUAGGAAUGCAGUCAGUAAAAGCCUGGCGUCUGCUGCAGAGUAUAGAUUACUUAGUGGUCGAGGGCUUGCUUGAGGACCCAAUUUCCAUCCCUAGCACCACAGAACAGGGAGGGGACACAAGAUUUCAGGAGAGAUUUGUCUUCUUUUCCUCCUUGGCUGUGUGUUGUCCAAGGAUAUAUAUUUACUAAAAUCUUUUUAAAGUGAAUUUAUAUGUGCACAUAUGUGUGUGUAGGGGGNGGAUAAGAACUGAAUUAUUUGAAGCAGGUAAUUAUAUGAAACUGUAUUAUUCUACUCAGUAUUUUGGCCAGGUCCCAGUCCCGGGUUGCAGGUGUUGACUGCCANCAAGGUUUGAUAUAGGAUCCAAAUUCAGGCCCCCAUCUUGUCCAUCGAGCACUUUGUGAGCUUGAACCCACGCCCCCCCCCCCAACCCAGAAUCAUUUUCUGAUUUUUAACUCCAGAAGAGAUAGCAUUUUCCUUACAUUAUAAAAUAAAAGCAGUGAAGUAAAUUGACAGCUAAGGAUCUCUAUUUCAUCUCUUGAACGAUAAAAAUAGUGAAGUAUAUAUAGUACUUCUAUAAAUAACAAUUUUUAAGAAAUAGGUAAAUGGGGCAGGUUUGGUGGCUUCUGCCUGUAAUCACUGCAUUCAGAGGGGGCCAAGGCCUGUUUCAAAAACAACAACAACCAAGACAGGCGAAACCAGGUGUUUCUUUGCUAUGUAGGAUCCUGUGCACUGUGGGAGAGGCCAUACCAUCUGUGGGGCCCAGNAGAAUUGUACAAGUGUACAAUUAGUGUGUAGCAGAGCACAGCAGUUAUGAGCUUGUAUAGCGAGGACUCUGGAUCCAGAUUUAAGUAGGUUCAAACACCACUUAACACCAGUAACCGAUUUUAGGACCUUGAGCAAGUUAAAUAACUUCUUCCUGCCUUGGUUUCCCCGUCAGAAAUGGGGAGCAGUGGUAGCUACCUCGUAACUUGUAAAGAAUCNAAUGAAUUAAAACACAGGUCUCAGUAUUAGCUUGUAUUCCUGUACUAUCGAGUCCAUACACGGCUCUCUAAAGCCCUACAGAGGGCUCACGUGUUUAGACCUGANAAAUCAGGACAUGGAAAUCAGAGCGUAUACAUAAGGAACUUAAUUUUAAUGUAAUCAUGUCUAAUGAUGCUCAUCUUCAUUCCUUGAGAUUACCCAAGUCUGGCCAUGACCAAGAAGCCUUUCCCUCAUUGAGUACCUGAUUUUUAAAAGCAAGCACCCAAAUAAUUCUCUCGGGGGAAUCUCAUUUGUUACAGGUGAGAAGACGGGGUUUUAUGGUGCCUGAGUUAGUCCUGUGCCUGACCAGUGGNUGUUUCCGUCUCUGUGCUUGCUAAUGGUUUCACAAGUGGCUUGACUUUUUUUAGAAGUAUUAUGUGGUAUUUUACUGUGUAUCACUUCUGUGGUAAACAUGUGAAGUCCUUUGGCUUAGUCANACUUCAUAACUUUUGAACGUUGGGUUUUUUUGUUGGAAGAAACUUGGAUGGAUCUGUCAUGUCAUUAACAGAACUGAAAUAGAUUUUAUUGUAAGACGUGCAUUUGCUGUUAGAAUGGUUUUGUUGCCUAAACUGUCUAAAAUUCUAAUAAAAUAACUUUCUAAGAA